AUGCCGCGCCCUCGCCAGCGCAAGAGCACCGUCAGCCGCAAGGAGGAGAAGCGUAUCAAGCGCGAGCAGGAGGAGCAGGAGGCGGCCGCCCAGCUCGAGCGCGAGAAGCGCCUGCGCGAGCGCAAGUCGCAGAUGGAGUGGAACUCGCUCCCGUCGGCGUCGGGCUCGCGCGGCAACAACGGCAUGCCCGACCCGAACGCGCUCCCCGAACCCGACCCCGACACCAAGGCCUACUUCGCGCGCCUGUCGGAGCAGAUCGAGGAGAUGACGCAGAUGGGUCACGGCCAGCGCGAGACGCAGAUCGUCGUCAACGAGGACGGCGACGAGGUCGAGGAGGAGGUCGAGGACGAGCGUCCGCUCCUCCUCCGCUCGGCCCUCGAGUCGCUGUCGGGCCACGAGAUCGCCCUCGCCGGCGACCACGAGACGAGCGUCGUCCUCGAGCGCCUCCUGUACGCCAUGGACGACUUUGCCAAGCGCGUCCUCCUCGACCGCUUCACUGGCGAGUUUGAGCGCCUCGUCAAGCACCGCCACGCGAGCCACGUCCUCCAGACCCUGUUCGAGCUCGCCGGCGAGACGGUCGACCGCGAGACUCGCGGCAACGUCGCACCCGCACCCGCAUCCGCCGGCGACGACGCCGCCGAGCUCCCGACCAUGACGGCCCUCCUCACCUCGCUCCUCACCGAGCUCCUCCCGACCAUCACGACCCUCAUCUACGACCCGUUCGCCUCGCACUGCAUCCGCAUCCUCCUCCUCGUCUUCUCUGGCGUCGCCACCUCGUCGGCCGACCCCAAGUCGCGCAGCAAGAAGUCGGCCCAGUUCCGCAAGGGCCAGGGCGCGUCGCUCGGCAAGAACUGGCUGUCGGACGAUGCCUCGUUCACCAAGGACAAGGACACCAAGGGCAAGGGCAAGGCGUCGGCGGCCGAGCAGCGGUUCGCGACCCCGGCCGAGUUUGCCGCGGCGCUCAAGGACCUGUACGCCGCGCUCGACGAGCUCGACGGCGCCGCGGUCGACCACGCCGGCGUCAGCCUCCCGACGGCGACGAUCGCGGGCGAGGGCGUCCGCCGUGCCGCUCUGCACGACGUCGCCGGCCCGGUCAUGCGCAUCCUCGUCGAGCUCGAGGCGCUGCAGCCUGGCGGGUGGGCACCCGGCGGGUGGGCCGACCGCAUCCUCGUCGGGCUCGUCAGCGAGGUAGCGCUCGGCAGCGCAGCGGGCGUCGGCGCCGGCGCGUCGGCGAACCAGGACUUGCGCGAGGAGUACCUCGCCGGCCUGCUGCGCCACCCGGCGAGCUCGCCGACGUUCGAGAUGCUCCUCCAGCUCGCGCCCAAGCCCGUGUUCGACGCCCUGUGGCAGGGCUUCUUCGUCGGCAAGGUGCACCGCCUCGCGGCCAACGCCGUCGCCAACUUUGUCGUCGCCGUCGGCAUCUCGCGCCUCGACGAGCAGCAGCUCGGCGCGCUCCUCGUCGAGUUGAGGGGCAUCGCGCAGGAGAGGAGGGGCGAGUGGAUCGACAACUACCGCACGGGCGUGCUGCGGGCCCUGCUCGAGAGCGCGACCAGGCUCGGCGCGUGCGAGGCCGAGGUGUCUGACCUUCUCCUCGACACGUUCGGCUUGUCGGCCGCCGAGGACCGCAAGCUCGCCGUGCCCUGUUUGCUCACCCUCAACCGCCUCAUUCAUUGGCAAAAGCUCAAGCCCGACGCGACGCCCGAGCCGACCACCCAGGGCUCGGUCCUCAUCCAGACGUGGCUCCAGUUGCACGCGCCGCAUCAGCAGGUCAUCUUCGACAGCCUUGCCUCGCUCUCGUUCGACGACUUCCUCGCCAUCACCCGUUCGGCCACGUCCUCCCGCAUCCUCGACGUCCUUCUCACCUCGCCGACGACCCCGCCUCGCGCCCUGCGCUCCUUCAUCAUGUCGCUCCUCGGCCACUUCCACACGAUCGCCGACGACCGCAUCGGCUCGCGCGUCGCCGAGCGCUGCUUCGCCUCGGCCGACGUCUACCUCAAGGACAAGAUGGCGGCGAGCCUGUUCGACAAGCAGUCGGACUUGCAGCGUUCGGCGUACGCCCACUUCUUCGCGCGCAAGCUCGAGCUGCCGCUGUGGGGCCGCCGCCGCGACGACUGGAAGGCCAAGAUGGCGCGCGCCACGCAGGAGGAGAAGGACCGCCAGCGCGCCGAGGCCGAGGCGGCGCAGCCCAAGCCGCCUCCCGCUGCGGCCACGACGGCUACGGCGGUCGACGAGGGCGGCAAGAGGAAGAAGAAGCGCGAGCGCAAGGCGGACGAGGUCGACGAGAUCUUUGCGGCGGCGGCGGCGACCAAGGGCUCGAGCGCGCCCGGCGGGGCGGCGGCGGGCAAGGAGCGCGAGCGGAACGAGGACGACGAGCGCGCGGCGAAGAAGGCGCGCAAGGCAGAGAAGCGGGCGCGCGAGACCCAGGGCAUGGAGGACGUGCUCGCCGCCAUCAAGGCGACCGUCUGAGUCUCUCUCUCUGCAACGCGAUACUUCUCUUGCAUCGUC